UAGCUGAUACUUUACACUCCGGCUGUCUUCGUUAACUUGAACCUAUUCAGUUUUUAUAAUACACCGGCUAUCAUGCGUUUCCACUCCGGCCGGAUAACCCUCCCGCCAUCCGUGAUGAACCUGCCACCAUUUAUAGCCUCGCGGUGACAAACAAUCUUCUUAGGAGAUUUAAACUUUGCCUCGGCUAGACCGGAGGAUCAACAUGCGCUCCUCUCGCACUUAUUCCCCGCAGUUUUCCAACUGAAUCCUCCGUGCCCACCUUCCCUCACCGCCUCCCCCGGCUGUGCGUGAACGCCGGUGUCAGCUCUCGGUGUAACAGACGAGCCCAGGCAGGGCUCCGGGUCUGCUCAGCAUACAUAAAGGCGAGCGGUGAGAGGAGCUCAGCCCCGAAUUAAAUCACUCACCGCUAAAUGGAUCUUUGAGACUCUCCCUUGACGCAGUCAGCUGCCGCUUUGUGCGUCUUCAAAAACCGAGAACAGAAAACUGGGAUUCUCUCUCCUUUUCUUUUUUAUGUUAUUCCUGUUUUUUUUCCCGUAUCAUCAUCAAGCAGAAAGAUCUCAUGUUGUCUUUAAACAUGUCUUGUGUUCGUGGUGACAUACAGUAAAGCCGCCAGCUUUGUGCCGGGGAGAGAAGAGGCUCGCGCUCCGCGAUCGUCAAGCAGAGUUCAAGAAGAGACAUCAGUGAACAUCUGCACUGCUGGAGGACACCAGGGAUGCUCUCUCACACUGUGGACUUCAACCUAGAUUACAGAGGUUAUUCCUCCGUGCACAUGAGAGAGACUCAGAAGGGAAGACGGUAGCAAAAACAAUAAAAUGAGACCAUUUAAUGAUGGUAACCUUUAAGGAGAAAAGCACAAGCCAGCCCGAGAUGGUGAAUUCUCUUUCAAGCAUCACCAAAAGCUCCCUGCAGGCGAACCUCAAUGAAAGAAACUCAGUGUAAGGGCAGGCACUCGACAUUUUUCUGAUUGGUACAUGGGGACAAAACCAUCCAUCGAUGAAGAGGAGACCAAUAAAAGGAUUGUUUCUAGUCCAUGAGAACAGUUGAACAUCCAGCUGAUUUCCCUACUAGAUCACCUCAGCUGUACUGAUACCAGAGCAGUAUCACCUUCCUCUCGUUUUAUUUUAGCCCUGCACAUGACUCUCAGAGAAGCACCAAUGGCCUGCAGCUUAGGCAUGGUGAUGAGUGCCUUGUUUUGGUCUGUAGCCAUUGUAUAUUUGACUCAAAUUGGCAGAGUCAGCGGAGACUGCUGGUUAAUUGAAGGUGAAAAGGGCUUUGUAUGGCUUGCAAUUUGUAGCCAAAACCAACCACCUUAUGAGGCCAUCCCCCAGCAUAUCAACAGCACCAUUGUGGACCUUCGUCUGAAUGAAAACAAAAUCAAGAGUAUCCAUUAUUCUGCCCUUAGUCGCUUUGCCAACUUGACCUACCUGAACCUGACAAAGAAUGAAAUCUCCUACAUCGAGGAUGGGGCCUUUUCUGCUCAGUUUAACUUACAAGUCCUUCAGAUGGGCUUCAACAAGUUGCGGAACCUGACGGAGGGGAUCCUCAGGGGUUUAGGAAAGCUGCAGUACCUCUACCUCCAGGCAAACCUGAUUGAGACUGUGACACCCAAUGCCUUUUGGGAAUGCCCCAACAUUGAGAACAUUGACCUCUCCAUGAAUCGAAUCCAGCAGUUAGACGGGUCCACGUUUACCAGUUUGAACAAACUGACCACCUGCGAGCUGUACACCAACCCCUUCAACUGUUCGUGUGAAUUACUUGGUUUUGUCAAAUGGCUCUCGGUUUUCCCCAACAGGACGAACGAGCGGAUGGUCUGUGACUCCCCACCUGGCGUCUCUGGUUAUAGCUUGUUGAGCCAGAAUCCCAAUAAUCCGACAUACCGAAAUGCGCUUCACAUGCUCACAACUGUGUGUACUGACGACUACGUGACACCAUUCAUCCCCAUGCCCACCGAGUCCACGACACCCCCACCGGACUCGACGAUUUGUGGGCUGGAAGAUUGUCCCUCAGGCACAGAACCAGACGAGCUCAUCAUCAGUACAACCUACAACGAUGUGGAAGUAAACCCUGUGAUGAAACUGAAGCAAGUAUCAAACACAGGUGCCACCAUCACGGUUCAGAUCCCUCAUCCCUACAAGAAGAUGUACAUCCUUGUCCUGUACAACAACAGCUUUUUCACAGAUAUCCAAAACCUGAAAGAUAUAAAGGAGGACAUUGAGCUAAAAAACCUGAAACCCCACACUAACUACACAUACUGUGUCGCUUCAAUACGUAACUCUCUUCGACACAACCACACUUGUCUGACAAUCACGACUGGCCCUUGGAAUGGAAAGGAGAGAAAUGUGAAUAAUGCAACUGCUACUCACUACAUUAUGACAAUUUUAGGCUGUCUCUUCAGCAUGGUCAUCUUUCUGGGUGUGGUCUACUAUUGCUUGCGGAGGAAGCGUCAGCAAGAUGAGAAGCACAAAAAAGCGGGUAGCCUGAAGAAAAAUAUAAUGGAGCUUAAAUAUGGACAAGAACUGGAAGGAGGGACUAUUUCUCGAAUGUCACAGAAGCAGCUGUUGGCCGGGGACAGUAUGGCACGUAUGCCGUACUUACCCUCUGCAGCUGAAAUGGAGCAGUACAAAUUUCAAGAGAUGAGUGAUACGCCGAAGAUGAUGAAAGGAAAUUACAUGGAGGUGCGGAGCAUGGAUCACCACGAACGCAGAGAGUGUGACAUGGGAAUGCCUGGGAAUAGCCAGGGGUCAGUGGCGGAGAUUUCCACCAUUGCAAAAGAGGUGGAUAAAGUCAAUCAAAUCAUUAACAACUGUAUAGAUGCUCUGAAGUCAGAAUCCACCUCUUUUCAAGGGGUGAAAUCUGGAGCAGUGUCCACUGCAGAGCCCCAGCUUGUGCUAAUAUCAGAGCACCCACAGAGUAAAUCUGGCCUUCUGUCCCCAGCGUAUAAGGACAGCUACCACCACUCUCUGCAGAGGCAUCGGUCCUCUGAUGUCUCGCCAAAGAGGCCCAGUACUGCCACAGGAGGGCCCAUGAGAAGCCCCAGGCCUUAUCGCUCCGAAUCCAAGUACAUAGAGAAAACCUCCCCGACAGGAGAAACCAUCCUCACUGUAACACCUGCUGCUGCCAUCCUGAGGGCUGAGGCAGACAAGAUCCGCCAGUACAGUGACCACCGGCACUCAUACCCCGACGCUCAGAUAGAGGAGCUUGAAGGACCUGACGGCCACAAGUCCUCCAUGUUGGAGCCUCUUACUCACUCCCGUUCCAGAGACUUAGCAUAUGCCCAGCUGCCAUCUCAAUACCACAAUCUAAGCUACUCCUCCAGUCCUGAAUACUACUGCAAACCUUCACACAGCAUCUGGGAGCGAUUCAAACUGCACCGGAAACGGCACAAAGAUGACGAGUACAUGGCUGCGGGCCAUGCGCUGCGUAAGAAAGUCCAGUUUGCAAAGGAUGAGGACCUGCAUGAUAUUUUAGACUACUGGAAAGGUGUAUCAGCCCAACAUAAAUCAUAAACUCUUUAGGUGUUUUUAAAAUGGACCACACAUUGCAGAAAUGACACAAGAACCUCAUCUGACAAUUGAAUCAAUGGAUACUUCCAUAUUAUAAUCAACUACUCACACACACGUGUCACAUUCUCUUUUGACUGUGAGGAAAAUGGGGUGAAGAUUCUUUAAAUUUGUCAUAUUAUGUAAAGCAUUCAACAGGAAAACUUUUAUCUAUUAAAGAGAAAAUAUAUUGCAAAUUAAUAAUAUAUAUGUUACAAUGGAUUAUAGGUUUUAUGGGUAUCGCAUGGCCAAGUCCUGUGACAGUGGAUUUGCUGUUGUGUAAUAUGAAACUACUAUAUGAAGAUAUGUCUACUGAAACCUCAAUGUUUUUUGAGGAACUACCCGGACCCUUCAUUCAAAAAGAACUUUGUUUUUCUUCCUUCCCUGCAUAUAUUUAAUUCAACAAAACUAUGUACAGAUAUGGGUUUCUAUAUUUGCAAUGUUUGCUGUGUAAAUGGAAAAGUAUUAGUGGGUGAAUCAGGUUUUAUCAAAUGGAGCGCUGUUCAUUUAGAAUAACGUGUUGCUGAAGAGCAGCAUAUUCCACUUUAAACCUGUCAGAUCAUUUGUCAUAUUAACCAUCGCCGCCUGUUUUACACCUGUUUUAUUUUUUUUUAUAAUUGUUUCUUUUUUAAAAAAAAAACAAAAAAAAACGCUUUUACAUGCAUUUACACAAGACACAGACGGAUUCAGUUUUAACGUCCCUUCAAUCACACAAUGCAGUAUUCAGUGGAUGGACUCUGAUAGACUGCAUACAGGCAAGCUGCAGUGUAUUUUGAUGCUGUAAUGAAGGUCUUCAGUCGUCAGUUUCAUCAACCAUCCUUUGUAUCUUUAGUACCAAAGUAGUAAAAAGCUGAAAUGUUUACAAUAUUUCUGCCUGGUCUGGGAAUCGUAUGAAUUUUGAGCAGUAGGUCCAUGCUGACUUCUUUUGUUUUUUCUUUUUUCUAUUGUAUCAGUUACUCCUUCAAAAGUGAAAACAUUGGGAAACGAUAACGUCCACACUGAGGAUGUGGUACUGAAAGCCUACAACUAAUCACUAACAUUUCAAGGGGGAAGGCAGCUGCUUUCUGUCGCCUGUGGUUUAGAUAGAGGCAGCUGUCUUUCCCUGCAGGAGAGCCCGAUGGAUGAAUGUAACAGAUACAUAUUCUGAUCUGUCUAUGGCAGCUUUUAUGUAAGGAAAUAUUUAUUUGAUGCUAUUAACGACUGUGUUUUCCAUUCCUUUGCUUCAGUAUUUCUUCCAGUGUAUUAUAUUGCAUAAUGUCUGAUCCGAUAAAUGCAGGAAAAGUAGUUUGUUAUUCGGAUGGGCCUUGUUGCUUGCUGAGAGGUUUCAUUUGAUUUUUACCUGCUAGGCUGUUGAAUCUUUUUUGUAUAUUAUGAAAGCUACGUACCAGACGAAUAUCAACAUGCUAGAGUAAAAUUUGAGAAUGUGAAACUGAAUCCUCUGACUUACUGGCUGUGAAUUUGUAUAUCAUGAAAUUUUUUGAGUAAAUAUGAAACUUAACGCUUUUUACUUUGUAAGAUGUUUAUGUAACUUUUUCCAGAUGGGCUCAUGAUGUUUCAUUACACAUCUAUGAAUGAGAAAUAGAUAUGCGCUUACUUAAUUGCAGGAUUGUAAUAAUGUGGUGUCAGUAUAGGAUUUAGGGUUUAUUAAAAAGCAGAGAGCAGCUCUUUAAAUUUUAAACAGUUAAGCCUCACUUCAGGUAUUUUUAGGGCUGCAGAGAUAUUAAAAAAAAAAAUUUCAAAAUUGCUGUUAUAUAAAAUCUGCUGAAUUGAAAACUUUUUCCCCAAGUCGAUGCAGGACUUCUUGACAUUGUUCCUUGAGUGACCUCAAACUAGUUUUUUAAAUUUUAGCGCAUUUUUAACCACACUUUCCAAAAAACAAAAGAAAAUGCUAUUUAGUGCAUAUUUUCAUUCAAUCCUGUUUCCAGUCAAAAUUUUAGAUGUUAGCUGCAUUAAGAUAAACAGUUGGUGACACUAAUUGUCCGGUCCUAUUUCAUCUUCUCCCAAUGCUGUGCUUAUGAUGUUCUUAGGUUUAAGCACAAAAACACCUCAGUUAUGGUUAGGAAAACAUCAUGUUUUGGCCUCAAAUACCUAUUUUCGUCAGUACAAACACAGCUGUAGAUGUGUCGACUGGAAAACGUCCCAGCAUCUGCUUCAAAACACCUAGUGGAUUCACGCUUAGAGUUGUUGAAAUGCAGUCUCGAACUGCGGCUGCUGGCUUGGCACCCUUCUUGCCUGUAACUCUGCCAUCAUCCCCUCCACCACUCGACGUGAAAGUAGGGGUCGUAAACAAGCGACGGGAACGUGAUGGGACACGUUUUUAAGUAAUGGCAACAUAGCCUGUGAAAUGUACAAAUGUGAACAUAUUAUAGUGGUUUGCAGAAACUGCCAACACGCCCUGGCAACUGGGCUGCGUUUUCUGGGCCGAGUUAGUGCAACCCUCUGUUUAAAAACAUCAGAUAAACCAAAUUGGCUCUUUAUGAUGUUGUAUGAAGGUAAAAUCCUGAUACAACUUUGGCCAGAAUCUGUGGUGCUUUAAACAGAACACAAAGAGGUAGUUUGUCCAGAUGACACACACAUGAUCCACUGAUAAUUUGUUCCUUUCCAUUUUGUUUCGCUCUACAUUUUAUCUCACUUUUGGAACACAUCAGCCCUUUGAGUGUAAAUUAAUAGCAAACACUUGGAUAUCGAUGACUGAAUUACGUGAAAGCAGGACAGUGAGAUAUGCGAGUUGAGGUGAGGAACAGAGUCUGUGAUCUGAUAGCAGAGCUGAGCCCGAGGGAACGACUUUAUCUGGUGACAUAUUUUUUCAUCAGCUCUUUUUUCCUUCCAUUAGACAUCGAGUGUGGAAGUAUAACUGCAGGCAUUAGUUAGCCCAUUUGUAUUUUUUUUUCUGUGUCAUGAAGCUGCGUCCAUUUCAUCUAAGUGUGUCAUGACGCCGUUAUUAUUCAUUAAUGUGAAAUGAAGCAUUCAUGAGCCUGAUGUGUUAUGUAAGCACUUUAUAAAGUGUUAACUUGGUUGUCUGACUUAAUAUUUCAACCGCCUUAAGAUUUUGGGAUAUGUGUACAAGUGUAAAUUUUCCUUUUGUUUGAUUUCAAUGUUGAUACUGUUGACAAGUCUCCAUUUGUUGUUAUUUUUAUAAAAGCAUUUCAGUAUCUUCUGAGAGCUGUCAGGUUUCUAGUUCAUUUAGCUAUUUAGCAACAUGUUUUUUAUACUGCAUAUUGUAGCACUUCUGUGUCUAAUAAGAGUUUAAAGUGAUGAUAAAACCUUUAGAAAGAUCAACAGUUGUUGUUCAAGUGCAUCAAAACAAACAAGAGCACAAAAAUGUGUUUUUUUAUUUUAUUUCUUAAUACUAUGUUAUCUGCUUUCAGACAAAGUACUGUGAAAUAAAGUUAAGGGUGCACAUCAGUAUACACUCGGCAUCUUUUUGAUGACUUUUGGCCAGAAUCACUUUAAGGCCUCUCAAACGUCUGUUGAGCCCUCGAUCCAGCUGUUCAAGCGCCAGUCCCAGCUGCCGGAGAUGAUGACCUCUGAUACUUGCCGUGGCACAAACAUCUCGCUCAGCACUCCUCAGCCUGCUUUCUUUAUGAGCCAGGUGGACUUUUUCUUCAGGAGCCACUGUUUAAUAGGUUACUUCCACUGGAGAUUAAAACCAUGGUGGCAAUGUGACUUAACCAAUCUUGGAACCCGUCAGUUGCCAUUCUGAUGAUGAUUUUAGCUUCUUGGGCUGAUUGUUUUGGGG